AUGACCCGGACUGAAGUUUGUGGUCGGCACGAGGGGUCUGACCGUGAUGAAGACACCAGUGAGCCCGUCGGCCUCCCCGACGACGAACCCGGCAACGACGAGCCGCGCAUCCACAACGCUGGUAGUCAGUACGACCACGACCACGACGGCCGGAGCGACGACGACCUCGGCGGCCAGCGGAUCGGGCACGGCGCCGCAGUGGGGCCAGUGCGGCGGCAUCAACUGGACGGGGCCGACCACUUGCCGAUAGAUGGCGAUGCGGAGGGCGGGGCGUGUUGA